GGCUGGACCUCUCGCGCAACAAGCUGGGCCUCGCAGGUGGCAUGUCCACUUUAGCAGCUCAGAAGAGGAAAGGGUGGCGAUCACUUCGAAUCUCGGACAUCGGGGAGAGCGAAGGUAAUCCCAGGAAGCCUUUGAUGCUUGCGCCACUGGCGCGGUCACUGGCGGAGUGUUUGCGGGGCAAGCUGCUUACCGACCUCGAGUGUGGUAGCAACGGCUUGGGGGAGCAAGCCUGCUGCCAGCUCGCGGAAGCUCUUGGCAGUUGUGAGCCAACUUUGCGGCGCUUGGCGAUGCCGCAGACAGGCUUCGGGCUCCGCGGCUGCGCAGCCUUGGGCCAAUCCUUGUGGCCCGACAAAGGCGCCGCGGGCCUGCGGAUCCUGGACCUCUCCUGCAACCAACUGGUGGAUGCCUCCAUCGAGCUUUUGUCUGACGGCCUCUCGCGCUGCGGCGCCCUGCAAGAGAUGCAGCUGGCCGACAACGCCAUCAGCUGCCGCGGAAUCGCUGUGCUGGCAAACGCGCUGCACGCGCAGAGGCAGCUGAAUGCAACAGAAGAGGGCGGCACAGGCGUGGUGGUGCUGAGUCUGCGGGGCAACCCCGUGGGCAGCGCGGGGGCUAAAGCUUUGGCUGCACUGGCCGCAGCGAGCACUCAGGACAAGCGCUGCUUAAGCCUCGACUCCCCCUGGGGCCUCGAAUCACUUGACUUGGCCCAAGCCCAGGUGGGGCGCGAGGGCCGGGACUCGCUGACCGCCGCCGUGGCCGCGCGGGCCGCUUUGGCGGAUGCGGCCAGCCGUCGCUUGGCAGAGGAGCCGCUGGACGAGGCAGGAGCGGAGCGUUUGAGAAGCAGAUGGGGCUUGCGACGUCCAUCCGCGCUCUCAGUGAUUGGCCUGGACUUAGGUAGCGAGACGGCAGAGCUGCAGCAAGCUGCCAGCGGUCGCUUUGCUGCUUGCUGGCCUUUGGCCGGCUCUGGGCUCACCUGCAGAGAAUCACUCUGGCGGAGCCUGACGGAGGAGCCCAGCUCGGAGGAGGCCCAUGAGGCAGCACUGGACCUUUCGCUGUACGAGGGAUACUUUGGCAACGACGGCGAAACUCCAAAGGAAAGGCCAGCUGCGACUGCUAAAAGUGCCACGGCCCCGGCCAAAGCGGAAAAGCGUGAGGAUUCGAGCACCAAAGGCAGUUUGCCGCCUGCCAAAGGCAAAGGAAAGCAAGCUGCCAAGGGCCCGGCUGCUCCUCCCAAAGGGAAGGGCAAGGGCCCUCCGAAGGGAAAGGGAAACAAAGAGGCCGGAGAGAAGGAGGCGAAACCAAAAGCCUCCGCAGCCCCGGCGCCUUUCGGACGACGAAUGCAUUGGGUGCAACCGCGGUACAGCCAGCCAGAUCACGACACCGUCUUCGGCGAAGCGCCUGCCAUCGACUUCGAUGCAGACGUCUUGGCCUCUUUGAUGAGUGGGGAAGGCAAAGGCGGUGGGAAAAGACGAAGCUCCAUCCAGAAGAAGGCGGACGGAAUCAAGGUGCUCGAUGCGUCCCGGGCACAGAACAUCGCUAUCGUCCUCAGCAAGUUGCCAGUCACUUCCGUGGAUUUGUGCGACGCGUUGGAAUGCUUGGAUUUCGGCAGAUUGGCGUUGUCCGACGAUCUGGUGGAGCUGCUUUCCGGAGUUCUGCCCACUUUCGAGGAGACUCAAAAGCUGAAAGUGCACAAAGAUGCCCCGGAGGUGCUGCGCGACAUCGAGCAGAAGGUCUUGCCCUUCUGUUUCUUGCCUCGAGCCACAGCUCGGCUGCGGCUUUUGCAGCUGGCAUCCUCGCACGCGGAUACCGCGCAGUUGCUGCAGCAACGGUGUUUGCACUUGAAGGACGCCGCCACAGAAGCCAUGACCAGCCGGGAGCUGCGCCAAGUUUUUACCAUCAUCCUGCGGGUUGGGAACUACAUCAAUCACGGCAUGAAGGUGGGUGGCGCCAGCGGUUUCUCAAUCGAAACGCUCCCAGCCAUCACCAGCUUCAAGCUCGGCAACGUCUCCACGCUGCACUUCUUGUGCUCCACGCUGAGGCAAGCGCAUCCCAACUUCGCGGAUCUGCUCGCGUCCAGCUUGCGGAAUAUUCCGGCGGCAGCUCGGGAAAAGAGCUCCAACUUGAGGUCCAGCGUGCAGGCCUUCCAACAAGAAGUAGACUUCGCAGACCGCGAGCUGCAGCACAUCGAGGACGGCACGGCUCUGGCAUCCAUGCAGCUACUGGCAGGGGACUUGCACAGGGAGCAGGAUGAGCUUCAGGAGGCUCUCACAGACGCGUUCGAGGCGUGCAACAAGUCCCAGCGCUACUUCUGCACGGAGGAAGCCCAAAAUGGCACAACGCCUCCGUAUGAGAACUUCUUCCAGCACUUGGCCACUUUUUUGGAGAGCCUCCGCAAGGCAUGGCAGGAGACGGAGCCCAAGAGGAAGGUGGAAAGGACGGCGUUGAACCCUUCGAAUGCGAAGCGGAGACCCAGGCCUAAGAAGGCCAACAGCCCGAGCAUUUCUCGACAGAUGCCAACGGAGCUCGAAAUGCGCGCGGUGGAAAGCAAGGAUAAGCACUGGGACUAUGUGGAUGUGGAGUCCCUGCUGGAUAAUAUCUUUAGUGCGGAGAAAGUGGAGGCGGCCGAAGAUGCACUGCAUGCGCCUUUGACCUCCGAUGCAGCGUCAUCAAGUCAGAGUGCUGCUCCAAAGGGCGACAUCCCACUGUGCGAUGUGGAUGAAUUAAUUGACAGCAUCUUUGAUUAGCCGUCGAAUUCCC